GGCCGCCCGGGCCCCGCGCAUCGUCCUGCGGCCGCCGCCGACCUCAGCAUCCCAGAAGCCGGGCGCACGUGGGUCGGGGCGGGGACGCGGCGCUCAGGCUGCAGCCGCGGCAGCCUGCGGGGGGCGGGAAUGGGGCGCCGCGGCGGGGGCUCGGCUGAUGACAUCACGGCCAGGCUGCGGCAGCGCGGGCGCGCGGACAUGGCUGCGGCGGUUUCGGCGGCGGCCGCGGGCUGCACCCGGGCCUGAGAGCCCAGCGCCCUCCCGCGGGGCCGCCCGCCAGUCCGCGCCGUCCGCGGGUGCAUUGGCCGGGUGCCUCUAGCUUCCCGGACACCCGGAGCUUCCGCCUGUCCAGCCUCCCUCGGCCAAAUUGCUGCGGAGCCCGUCGUCAGGGGGCGCCAAGGAGCCAGGGGGAAAACCGUGAGGCGCUGACAGGAGCCUCCCGGCGGUGCUACCCUCCACCUCCCACCUCCCUGCGCCCCGCCCCGAGGUUGAGGCUUUGAAGGAUGCAGCCGGGGAAAGCAUUAACUUUUGAGCUACGUCCAGAAUAGCAUCAUCUUCAUGGGUAUUCCCUACUCCUAGGAUUUCAGAAAACCUUUGAUAACUAAUUGAGAAAAUGCAGAAGAUCUUGCAGACAGAUGAAAUUACCAAUACACAAGCUUUUAGAAAAGGAAAGAGGAAAAGGACAGAGACAAUGGACUCAGAAAAUGCAAAUAGUGACAUGGAUAAAGGACAGAGACACCCAUAUUCGAGAAAUGCCUUUCUGCCUGGUGAAAGCUCCAGUGAGGAUGAAGAGCCUUUAGCAGAAUUGUCAAAGGAAGAAUUGUGCGCCAAAAUAAAAAGCCUGAAAGAAAAACUAACAAACACCCGGAAAGAAAACAGCCGACUUCGACAGUCUUUGGUCAUGCUUCAAGUGUUACCACAAGCAGUCACCCAGUUUGAAGAAUUGGUUGGUAUGGCCGAGGCUCUGCUUAAGGGUGGGGGAACCAUGUCUACAUCUGCAUCCACCCUCUGGAGAGCAACAAACAACUCCUCGCCAGAUUCAUUUGCCUCAACAUGCAGUAAUUCUAAUUCUAACUCCAGUUCACCAGUUUCCUUAAAGCCUGAGGAAGAGCAUCAGACUGAUGAGAAACAGUUCCAGAUUGAAAAAUGGCAGAUUGCCCGUUGUAACAAGAGCAAGCCUCAGAAGUUUAUUAAUGAUUUAAUGCAAGUACUUUACACAAAUGAAUACAUGGCCACUCACAGCCUGACAGGGGCAAAAUCCUCUACUUCAAGGGACAAAGCUGUAAAACCAGCUAUGAAUCAGAAUGAAGUCCAAGAAAUCAUAGGAGUAACAAAACAAUUAUUUCCCAAUACGGAUGAUGUUUCAAUUAGGAGGAUGAUAGGGCAAAAGCUAAACAACUGUACCAAGAAGCCAAAUUUAAGCAAAAAUCUUAACUCUCAGGAUAUUAAAUAGAUCCUUUUGGUAUUACAGGUAUCUGAAACAAAGCACCUUCAAUUCUAAAUCUAGCACUGGAUUUUGUUGGAGAAUCUGCAGCCUUCCUGGCAGUGAGAAAGACAGACAUGUGCAGUGACAGGCUGUAAGACAUAUGUAACAUUGCUGAGCUCUUCUAAGGGACCAACAAGCUUGCUGAAGAAGCUGCAUGUAGAUUCCACCCUCAGUACUAGUGAUGCAUCAAACCAGAGAAUUUCUGCCAGUCAAAUAAGCAUGCAAUAUGGUUUCUUUGGAAAUAAGCAUUUCCCAAUCCCCAAAUACCCCUCUGUACAGUUAAUCUAACAGGAUAGUCAGAGCUCUUAUCAUAGCAGCCAAAACUUCAGCCCAUAGGUUAGUCAUUGUCCUAACCAAUCAUUGUACAUUGAUUAUUACCAGUGACUUCCCAUUAUAGUUUUUGGAUCUUUAGCAUAAGCACAUGCUUGCAAAAGUAAACAGUGAAAUAAUUAAUGUUGGCAAAUAUGAGAACAACAAAGUCAGCCCAAAAUCUGAUAAUCAUGUCUAACCAAGUAAUAAUGUUUUAGCAAUAAAAUUACAGGAUUAUUCUGUUAUCUAAAAAUGUAUAAAAUGGGAAUAUGAAAAAAAUGACAACAGCAAGAUGUUUUAUUUUAAUAUUAAACAAUUCCACCACACUUCUGAAGAAUAAACCUAAGUUUUUGUGAUUGUUAAAACAAUGCAUCAAUUUUCAGGGAAAUCUUUUUGUUUGUUUAUUUACCAGACAUGUUCUAACUUUGUAUUGCCCAAAGUAUAUUAAAUACAGAUGUGUAAUAUAAAGCAUCAAUAUCACCUAACACGUCGUAUAUAAGAUAUAACAUGAUAGAUAGUUGGUCGAUUACAUUGCUAUACUGCUUAGUUUUAACUGGUUUAUUUUUAUUGUAGCAGAAGAAAAAUGAACUGAAAAAAAUAUGGGUUUGAUAAUCACACACAUGAAAGUACCAUUUUGUAACUCAACAAAGGAUAAAACAUUCUUCAUCAAAAGGCUUCUCGCUUGGUGUCAGGUUGUCACAUGUGACCACUGUGCAAUGCGAAGCCAUACUUCUUCAGUGCACAAAGUCAUGUUUAAACUUGGAAAAGAGGAUGCUACAGUAGUUUCAAAGUUCAGUGUUGUGGACCCAGGAAAUUUUCCAUAAGUCUUGCUUGAUAACAAUGUGAUUGUACAAAAUGAAUGUUCUUAAGGAAACAACUUAUGUAACAUUUGCUACCUUUAUGUAAACAUAAAUAAAUCCCGUUUAAAAGAUAAAA